AUGAAGAACAAUUCAUCCACGUUGAUUCGCUUGUACUAUGUCGGAAAAGUCAUCGGCUUGUGUCCAUACGAUCUAGACGAGGUCAACAUGCCGAAGUACUCUUGCUACGGAGUGGUGUACGGAAUGAUCCUGUCCAUGGUUUAUACCUUCUUAAGCUAUAAUGUCAUUUUGGAAAGGUUCGAAUUGAUUUAUCCUUAUCAGUUUCCUUUGAAGAUAAUUGCGGAUAUCGUGUUUCUGUUUGUGGCAUUCCUCGCUACGAUCGCAUCCUGGAUGGUGUUUGCUUUCGGUCAAACGCAAUUUCGCACCCUCGUCGCGAGCUUCAACGACAUCGAUGAUCGGAUGGAGGAAUUAGGUAUCCUGGAAGAUAAAAGGAGACUAAUCAAACGAUUCGUUCGAGACGUUACCGUAGUAAACGUUUCCUUCUACGUGUUGGUAACUGGCGAGCAAGUAUUUCUCCUCCGUAACCCAACUUACAACAUAAAAGUGUGGCUACCGUUUACCGCAUUCAAGACAGUCGUGUACAUGACUUUGGUGAUUUUCAUAAAUUUACUGUUGGUGCUGAGGGACAGGUUCCGCGCUCUCAAUGAGAGGAUCCUAAUCUUAGAAAGGGUGACCAUUGUCGGGGCGAAAUCCUGGAUGCACUCUUAUUGCGUCAGGAGCGACAUGGGUGUGGAAAGGAUUAGGUGA